AUGGAGCACUUCGAGCAAAAAGAGGGUUACCGUUUCUAUCCAACUGAUUCAGAAGGACUUAAGUUUUUGCUAAGAUUCGUGGCGAAACAAGAGAUGCAUGAUGCUGGUUUUAUCUCCACAAACAUACAUGUCUACGGUAAAGAAGAGCCAUGGGAGAUCUACAGUCAGGGAGUAUCCGAUGAUGAUGAAGACACUAGUAAUUAUCGCUACUUCAUCACAAAGAAAAACAACAUCUAUGUGGGCAGUUGGAAACAACAAGACGAGGGAAAACCAGUUCACUACAAUAUGCACAACUCAUCAUCACCAAUGGUUAUUGGAUGCAAGAAGAAGAUGCAUUAUGAGCAUGAAGAUGGACAUUGGAUCAUGAAGGGGUACCAACUCUCUACGGUUAUUCUUGAUAAGUUCGACGAGGACCGUAGAGAUUAUGUUCUGUGUGCCAUCAAGAAGAAGCCUGGUUCUUCCGACCCUUCCACAUCCACAAUUACUAUGUUGAAUAAUGUUAGUGGAACCAGCUGA